CAACAGUUCCUCUACUCAACAUUUCGAUUCUUGUUCAACUUCGCCGGGGCUUCACGAGUCCAGACUUGUUCUCUUUACAAGAAACAAUCGACAUCGACAGUCAGCCCCCAAUCCCACCAUGACUCUCGACCUUGGGCCUUUUGGCCAACAGUCGCCGCUGUCCGCCGCUUUCUUGGGACUCGGCCUCACCACCACCGCCUUCAUCUCCUACCAGAUCCUCCGCGUCCUCCUGAGCAUCUUUGUCCUUCCUGGCAAAUCUUUGGCCAGCUUUGGCCCCAAGGGCUCAUAUGCAUUCGUCUCAGGCGCCUCAGAUGGCAUUGGCAAGGAGUUUGCACUUCAGCUGGCGAAGAAAGGAUACAACCUCGUAUUGGUGUCUCGAACUGCCUCUAAACUCGACGCCCUCACCACUCAGAUAAACGCAUCCUCGCCCGGUGUGGUGGUUGAGACUUUGGCUGUCGACUUUGCUCAGAACAGAGACUCAGACUAUGCUGCCCUCGCGGACAAGGUCCGUGGAAAGACCGUUUCUAUCCUGAUAAAUUCUGUUGGCGUAUCACAUUCCAUCCCCGUCGAGUUCAUUGACACGAAUCUCAAAGAAUUGAGCAACAUCAUCAAUGUCAACUGCCUAGCCACCCUGCGAAUCACGCAGACCGUCCUGCCCAGCAUGCUUCCCCAAAAGAAAGGACUGAUCUUGACCAUGGGUUCUUUUGGAGGGCUGUUGCCGACACCCUUACUGGCAACCUAUUCGGGAUCCAAAGCCUUCUUGCAGCAGUGGUCCAAUGCUCUGGCGGGCGAACUACAGCCCAAGGGCAUCCAUGUCUACUUUGUCCAUUCAUACCUUGUCACAUCGGCCAUGUCCAAGAUCAAGCGCGCCAACUGGCAAGUCCCGUCUGAGAAGACCUUUGUCAGAUCAGUGCUUGGGAAAAUUGGCCGUCGAGGCGGCAGCAUUGGUUUCACCCAUAGUGGAUCCCCGUAUUGGAGUCAUGCCUUGAUCGCCUCGUUCAUCACCGGUGUCUUGGGACCAUUCCAUUCCAUACUCCUGGCAUUCAACCGGUCAAUGCACGUCGACAUACGCAGAAGAGCACUGAGAAAGGCAGAGAGGGAACGAGGACAAGGCAAGAAGACAUCUUAGAGGGUCGACAAGCCAUGGUGCGUCAGUGUAUGCCUAGUCAUGAGGCGCACUCCGUAGUAGAAGAGCCCCCUAAGACAUCUAGGCACAAACAACAUUGUACACAUAGAAUAUGACGAUAUUUGAAAGAAUUGAAAUGUUGAAUGCAGUUUUCGAG